AUGAAUCCUCACCAGCAGAACAAGGUGGACAUAAGCUCCCUAUCGCCCGACGAGCAGCGGCUCUUCCGGCUCUAUGGCAAGCUUCCCAACAAGAAGGACCUCCUACAGAACAAGCUGAAGGAACGCAAAUAUUUCGACAGCGGCGACUACGCCCUCUCCAAAGCCGGCAAGGCCUCGGACAUCGGCGUGACCCAGAUCGGGCGCGAGCACCCGAACCCAGAAAACAUCCCGCACUCGUCUCUCUCGACGUCGCCGCACUCCAACGGCAGCAUCUCGAUGCCUGGGGGGAUUACUCUGCCGCAGCCAGGCAUGGCGGCAGGGACGGGGGCGCUGAGCAGGAGUCCUGUGAAGGAACGCGAGGGCAGCUUUUUGCAGCGGCAGACUAGUGUUGAUGAGGUGGAGGAUGGAGAGGAGGAGGAGAGGAGGGCGUAG